AUGGAUCGGCAGGACCAGGGCGAGGCUACGGCGGAGGACAAGACGGGCCCGCUGGCGCUGCUGCCCGACGACGUGCUAGCGGACGUGCUCCGCCGCCUCCCGCCGCGUGGCCUCGCCGCGUCCAGGUGCGUCUGCAAGGCGUGGCUCGCCGUCGUCGACGCCCGCCGCCUGCUGCGGGCGGAUCUCCUCCCCUUGACGCUGGGUGCGUUCUUCAUGAAUUUCUACAACUACUACAUCUCGGAGUUAUUCGCACUCCAGCCCGUCUCGGACGGCCCCUCCAUCUCCGGCAAGCACGACUACCUGCCUGAGGCCGGAUGCCUUUCCUGGGGCUACGUAGACGACCACUGCAAUGGUCUUGUGUUGGUGCACAACUACCCCAACAGCGACUGGUAUGGGCCUUUACCGGGCCCUGCCGAUAGAAACAAUUUUCGGCGAAUUUGGACAAAUAUCCGCCGAAAUUCUGAACUCUGGUGUCGCUAUGUGCUUAAUCCGGCCACUCGAUGGCUAGCUCGCUUGCCCCCGUGCCCACCCCCGCCCAUCGAGAUCAAGCGCACCUUCCAAUCCGAGUACCUCGCGUACGAUCCGGCCGACUCGCCAUACUACGAGGUGGUUUCAGUUACCCGUUUCCAUUUUGUGCACAAGCCUAGACAUUGUUUCUAUGAGAGUUCUAGGGAUACACUUGACCCUGAGAUAGAACAAUCUGAGUGGCCACCGUUGGUAUGCAUCUUAAAUGUGUUCUCGUCGAGAACUGGACAGUGGGAGGAAAGGUCUUUUGCUCGAGAAGGUGAUUCCAUAGGGACAGUGUCUGGCAUGAGAAUAUCCUUGUCGAGUGAUAAGUAUCACGUGAUUAAACCACCACUAGGUAUUGAAGUAAAGCGCGGUCCUGAAUUUUAUCUAGGUAAGUCAUCUAAGGGGAUUUAUUGUGCAUCAAUCAAGGGAUGCAGAGUUCAAGUUUGGAACCUCAUUGAAUCUGGCUAUCAGAUGGAGUGGGUACUGAAGCAUGAUAGGGACAUUUCUAAGUGGUUUUCGAAGCAUAAGCUUGAGUAUUCAAGACCAUGUGCGAAUUAUGGUCGAAAAAUCCAAGGACCUUAG